AUCUGCGGAAGGUAGUCAAACCUGGUUUCACAAUUUCUCCCGGUCUCUCUGCCCAUUUAACAGUUGUUUGGUCUGGUGUGCUGUGAGAGAUGAUGACAUACGAUGAACUUGAUCGGAACCUUGAAGACUUGACCAAGAACGCCGCACAUCACCAGCUCCAGACCCUCCACUCCAUCCUCCAACACCAAGCUAGCGUUGGCUAUCUUCAACCUUAUCUCUCUGCCUGUCAUGCCCCCGUCGAUGCCGCUACUUUUCGAAGCCAGGUCCCUUUGUCUUCCUACGAUGACUAUUUUCAUCUCAUCAAUCAAUCGGCCAAUGGAGACAUUGAUCACCACCAGCCCCUCCUCUCCGCUGAUCCUCUCCUUUGUUUCUUCUACAGCUCUGGCACUAGUACAAUGAAGCCCAAAUUGAUCCCUUACUUUGAUUCAGCUCUAUCAAAAGCUGCCUCGUAUAAUGCUCAUCAAGGCAGCGCUGCGAUUUUUCGAAAAUUAGUUCCACCACGACCUGAAGUGAAUAAAAUCCUUUGGUUUCUAUACGCGGAUGAUGCUACAACUACAAGAGGUGGAUUCAAGGUUAUGGCUGCCUCUACAUACCCUUUGCAAGGGAAUAAGAGUAGAAGCAAUUGGUCUCAAAUUCUUUCUUGUAUUAGUCCUCGUGAGGUUGUUUUUGGUUCAAAUGUUGAGCAACAAAUGUAUUGCCAUCUACUCUGCGCACUUAGGAGCUUUGAUGUAAUUGAUGGGAUUCGUGCUGCGUAUGCGGCAGGCUUGAUUAGAGCAUUUUCACUGCUGGAAUCCAAGUGGGAGAAACUCUGUGAUGAUCUCGAAAGUGGGUUUCCUAGUUUGGAAAUUGCUGACGCGGCAAUGAAGGAAUCUGUUGUUGAAUUUCUUGGUGGACCUCAAGUUGAUUUGUCGAGGAGAAUUCGAGAAAUUUGUGCAGAAAGCAAUUGGGGUGGGAUUCUGACUAAAUUAUGGCCUAAUGUUCGCUAUGUUAAGUCUGUUACAACUGGAAGCAUGAAGCAGUAUUAUUCCAAACUCAAGUACUAUGCGGGAGAUGUAAUGAUUUUAGGUGGAGAUUAUUUUGCAUCAGAAUGUUGCCUGGGUAUUAACUUGGAUAUCCAGCAACCUCCAGAGUCAACCCGAUUUGUCAUGCUUCCAACCGCAGCCUAUUUCGAAUUUCUCCCCUUUGAUUUGAAUGAGAGCAGUGUUGUUGGUGAAGAAACUGUGGAUUUUUCAGGUGUCGAGGCAGGGAAGAUGUAUGAGGUGGCUGUGACUACUUACAGAGGAUUGUAUCGAUACCGUUUGGGUGACAUUGUGAGAGUUGUUGGUUUUCAUAAUUCAUCUCCGCUAGUAGAGUUCGUGAUGAGAGCUCCUAAAACUGGUUACGAGAUAAUAACUGAGAAAGACUUGAUGUCUGCUAUGGAGAGUUUUCAGCAUUCGAUGGCAGCAGAAGUUGUGGAGUUCACAAGUUUCUCAGAUUUUGAGUUAAGUCCAAAGCAGUUGAAGGUGUUCAUAGAAUUCAGAGAGGGAUGUGAUUUUCUACAGGAGGAGAAGUUGCAGGGAUCAGUUGAAGCUCUGCAGAAGUGUUGUUCCUCUCUUGAGAAUGGUUUGGGAGAAAUUUAUAAGGUGCAGAGGGACAGGGGAGAGAUAGGCCCUUUGUUGGUAUCUGUUGUAAGGUCUGGUAGCUUUGAUGGGAUAUUACAAAUGGCCAUCAAGAAUGGGGCACCAGCUGGUCAAUAUAAACCACCAAAAAUCAUUAGGAAUCGUGAAAUUGUUGGCUUUAUGGAAGAAUCUGCUGUUCUGACAAUAAGCCUGGAUUCAUUUCAUGGAUAAGAAACCAAAUAACAAGUCAGGAAGUCGCAAAACCUCGUGUGCUUCAGGCUUUUGUUUGUGAUGGAAAUAUGUUUUCAA